UUGGGGAGGAGAAAAUGAUCCAGAUCACGUUUGGUGAUCUAUAAAUAACGGAUGAAAUAAAAUGUUAAAAGUUCAGCCUAAGGAACCAGCAACACGGGACAAUGCAAGCCCACGAAUUGUUCCGGUAUUUUCGAAUGCCAGAGCUGAUUGACUUCCGACAGUACGUCCGCACUCUCCCCACCAACACACUCAUGGGAUUCGGCGCAUUUGCUGCGCUCACCACUUUCUGGUACGCCACGAGGCCCAAAGCCCUGAAGCCACCAUGCGACCUCUCUAUGCAGUCAGUGGAAGUGCCGGGUAGUGGAGGAGCCCGGAGGUCAGCGAUUCUCACCAGUGACGAGACCCUGGUGUAUUUCUACGACGACGUCAGAACAUUGUAUGAAGGUUUCCAGAGGGGUAUACUGGUGUCAAAUAACGGCCCUUGUUUAGGCUCUCGGAAACCAGACAAACCUUACGAAUGGCUUUCAUACAAGCAGGUGGAAGAACUGUCCGAAUGUAUAGGCUCGGCGCUCAUCCAGAAGGGCUUCAAGACUUCUCCAGAUCAGUUCAUCGGCAUCUUUGCUCAAAACAGACCUGAGUGGGUGAUCAUCGAACAGGGAUGUUUUGCUUAUUCAAUGGUGGUUGUUCCUCUCUAUGAUACCCUUGGAUCCGAAGCAAUCACCUACAUAGUUAACAAAGCUGAACUUUCUCUGGUUUUUGUUGACAAGCCAGAGAAGGCCAUACUCUUAUUAGAAGGGGUAGAAAAUAAGUUAACACCGGGCCUUAAAAGCAUAGUUAUCAUGGACUCCUACAGCAGUGAUUUGUUUGAACGAGGCAAGAAGUGCGGGGUAGAAAUCACCAGCUUGAAGGCGAUGGAGGACCUGGGGAGAGCCAACAGACGGAAGCCCAAGCCUCCAGCACCUGAAGAUCUUGCAGUAAUUUGUUUCACAAGUGGAACUACAGGUAACCCCAAAGGAGCACUGAUCACUCACCGAAAUAUAAUAAGUGAUUGUUCAGCUUUUGUGAAAGUGACAGAGAAUACAGUCAAUCCUUCCCCAGAUGAUACUCUGAUAUCUUUCUUGCCUCUGGCCCAUAUGUUUGAGAGAGUUGUAGAGUGUGUGAUGCUGUGUCACGGAGCUAAAAUAGGAUUUUUCCAAGGAGAUAUCAGGCUGCUAAUGGAUGACCUCAAGGUGCUUCAACCCACCAUCUUCCCUGUGGUCCCGAGGCUGCUCAAUCGGAUGUUCGACCGAAUUUUCUCACAAGCAAACACCACACUGAAGCGAUGGCUUUUGGACUUUGCAUCCAAGCGAAAAGAAGCAGAGCUUCGCAGUGGCAUCAUCAGAAACAACAGCCUGUGGGAUAAACUCAUCUUCCACAAAAUACAGUCGAGCAUGGGAGGAAAAGUCCGGUUGAUGAUCACCGGAGCAGCGCCCGUGUCCGCCACUGUGCUCACCUUCCUGAGAACUGCGCUCGGCUGUCAGUUCUAUGAAGGCUACGGACAGACGGAGUGUACUGCGGGCUGCUGCCUGACCAUGCCCGGAGACUGGACAGCAGGUCACGUUGGUGCCCCUAUGCCUUGCAAUAUUAUAAAACUGGUUGAUGUGGAAGAAAUGAAUUACAUGGCAGCCAAGGGCGAGGGCGAGGUGUGUGUGAAAGGGCCAAACGUGUUUCAAGGCUACUUGAAGGACCCUGCAAAGACAGCGGAAGCUCUGGAUAAAGAUGGCUGGCUACACACAGGGGACAUAGGAAAAUGGUUACCAAAUGGCACCUUGAAGAUUAUCGACAGGAAAAAGCACAUAUUUAAACUGGCACAAGGAGAAUACAUAGCACCUGAGAAGAUUGAAAAUAUCUACCAGCGAAGUGAACCUGUUGCUCAGGUGUUUGUCCAUGGCGAGAGCUUGCAGGCAUUUCUUGUAGCCAUCGUGGUGCCAGAUGUUGAGACGUUACGUCCUUGGGCCCAAAAGAAAGGAUUUAGUGGAACCUUUGAAGAGCUGUGCAGAAACAAGGAUGUCAAAAAAGCUAUCUUAGAAGACUUAGUGAAACUUGGAAAAGAAGCUGGCCUAAAGCCAUUUGAACAGAUCAAAGGCAUCGCCCUGCAUCCCGAGUUAUUUUCUAUUGAAAAUGGCCUCUUGACACCAACAAUGAAGGCCAAAAGGCCAGAGCUUCGGAAUUACUUCAGGUCACAGAUAGAUGAACUCUAUACCACCAUCAAAGUCUAAUGUGAGGAAGGAAGCUCGGGAGAAACCACCCACCUCCACAGUCUUCUGCUGAUGGCCUUCAAGUUGGUAACUUUGACGACAGCGUGUGUAGGGAAGGAAAUGCCCAUGUCUGAACUGUCCAUUCGAGGUUCUUGUAGGAAUUAGAGGAAAACGGAACACUGCCUUACAGUCACCUCACAUUGCAGACCAUGUACCUGGUGAUAGACAACUUCCAAAAUGAGCCUUAAAAUUUGUCAAGGAGAAACUAUAAAUGUGCUAAGUUAUUUGAGACUUCUUCAGUUUAAAAGGCUGGUGUUGAAACUUCUGUCUCCCUGUCUUUCUAACCAAGGGGUUAGAACUUAUCUAUUUCUGACGUGUCUGCUACUUGCUGCGAAGUCUGCAGUUGUCUGCUGCUGUCAAGAGUACAAUGCACUGGAGGAAAACUGUCCCCUAAAAGCAAGAACAGCUGUCCCAGCUGGAGAAUAUCACCAGAGGACCAGAGAUUUUCUCAUUGAUCCCUGCCACCUCCCCUUCCCCAUCUCACACGCACUCACAGUCCUUUCAGUAAAGGGUUCUGAAGCUCAUAUUGUUCGCUGUGGAGUGUAAGGUGCUCUGUGAAGCGAAGGAAGAAAGACCCAGCUCAGAGGCGUCUCAGGUGAACAAACAGCUGUUCUCCACGCAAAUGAGUUCAAGCUCACGCCGAGUGACCCCAGACCCUCCUCACAACCUGAUCCCCCCUGCUGUUCCUUCCUAGGGGUUUGUUUAAAAAUCUGCCUUAGACUCUACAGUGAAGACAAGCAUUUCAAGCGGGAAUUAAUCGCCGGGAUCCACCAUCUCCGUGGUGACGCCUAAGUCGUGGUCCACUUUCUCUCCACUGUGCCACCUGUCCCUGUUGGCCACGGCCAAUGGGUUUUUAACGUGGUUUUCAUACCAAAAGAUCCUGUUAUGAUUCACUGGCUUUUCCCCCAGAAUAAACUCUCAUGUCUUUAAAAAACAGGAAGGCAGUAGGGACACUUGGAUACUUACGGCAAUGGACAGUAAUAAACAUAAGCUCGCCUACCACAAAGCUGCCUGAUUUCUGUGAAAUGUAUUUGCGAAGCCAAAAUUCUAGGAUGUAGAUAGAAAUCUGGAGAACUCAUUAUCUGGGAUAAACUCAAGGGGUUUUUAAGGUUAAUUUGGGAAAUUAGCAGCAUUUCACUUUACCGCAAAUCUUGGCCACACAUGACUGAAUUAAGUAGUCAUUUCUACAUUGAAAGCAAGUGUUUUUGGAUGUGAGAGUACAUGGAUUCUACAAGCACAACUGGGUUUGCACUAAGAAAUUGUCACUGUCAUAACACUAUCUGGUAGCCGAACUUCCUAUGUUGGUUCUUAAUUGCACAAAAAGUCGAUAAUUUUGUCACAUGGGGUUUUGAGUGUUUGCUUUAAGUGUUGGCUCUUUCUAUGUUUUAUAAACCAAAACAAUUUCCAAAAACAAUGAAGGAAACCAAAAUAAAUAUUUCUGCA